GUUACGUGAGCGGUUUCCGCUGCUGGGCUGGGAAGCGAGCGCCGCCGUUCGGCCCCUUCGCCGUGCCAUAGGUAGGAGCCGCCCGCCCGGCUCGGCCUGGCCUAGCAUGUUCGGGGGCGUGGAGGAGGACGACGCGGAUUUCCUGUCCCCCGCCGGCGGUGCCAGAUUGGCUUCUCUCUUUGGACUGGAUCAGAAUGUAUCAAGCCAUGGUAAUGAAUUCUUCCAAUAUACUGCACCAAAACAACCUAAAAAAGGUCAAGCAGCAGCAGCAACGCCUGCAGGUCAGCCGGCCCAAAAGACACCUGCAGCUGCAGCUACUUUGGGAGCCCCAUCCGUAUUCAUUGCUACUGCAGUUCAUGCCUAUCGAUACAUGAAUGGGCAGUAUAUGAAGCAAGGCAAGUAUGGAGCAGCUGUGGUGGGGAACCAUGUCACCAAAGAGUACAGAAUCCUCCUUUACAUAAGUCAGCAGCAACAGAUUACAGCUGCCAGGAUCCAUUCAGGGUUUGUACUCACGAUUCAGCCCAACAACUACAGCACAUUUUAUGAUGAUCAGAGACAAAACUGGUCAAUCAUGUUUGAGUCAGAAAAGGCAGCCAUGGACUUCAGCAAGCAGGUGUGCAUAGCCAAAUGCAACAGCAGCCCAUCGUUGGAUUCAGUACUGUCCCAAGAUCUUGUCAUUGGAGAGGGGCAAGGAGUGGAAGGAGGGGAUGCUUUAGAAAUUGCCUAUACUGGUUGGCUGUUCCAGAACAAUGGCCUUGGGCAGGUGUUUGACUCAAAUGUCAACAAGGAUAAGCUGUUACGUCUGAAGUUGGGAUCAGGAAAAGUGAUCAAGGGUUGGGAAGAAGGAAUGAUGGGGAUGAAGAAAGGAGGAAGGAGGUUUCUCAUUAUUCCUCCAGCACUGGCUUACGGAUCUCAAGGAAUGCCUGGUCGUGUUCCUCCAGAUUCUACCCUGUUUUUUGAGGUGGAAGUUAAGCGGGUGAAGCUGGUAAAAGAGUCUGGCUCUGAUGGGCAGAGUGUUGGUUCUAGGGAUUCUCUCGCACCUUCUCCAGUGCCCAAUUCGGAUGGCUUUGCCUCAGACCCUGUUGGAUUGCCUCCAUCUACCAUACCUCCAAAGCCUGGCGAGCCAGCUGUUCGUGCCAAGUCCAACUCUAUCAGCGAACAGUUAGCAAAUCCUGAUGUAGCAAAAGCGAAACUAAUCUCUCGGAUGGCUAAAAUGGGACAGCCUAUGCUACCUUUCCUUGCUGGGACAACUGGCGCCCAACUAGACUCCAGUGACUCAGAAAUAGAGGACCCAAAUACACUAAGAGGAACAGCGCAGCCAGUGGCUUCAUCCCCCGUGAGACAGUCUUCACAGCCAGCUCAUGCAGUACUGCCUCCAAUGACACCACAAGUACUUCAGCCGGCUGUCGCUGGCCUUCAAGCACCUUCGGCUGCCUUAAUGCCUGCCACCCUCCAUUCCCAUCCAGCUGUCCCUGGAAAUGUACAGAACUUUCAGCCAUAUGCAGGAAUGCCAUUUACCUAUCAGCAAACUGCUGCAGCUGCUUCUCAACUCCAGCCUGUAGGACAGAUGUAUCCAGCACCUUUCCAAGCAUCUGGAGACAUUACUUCCUUUUUAAUGACAGAAGCUCGACAGCAAAACACUGAGAUCAGAAUGGCUGUUAGCAAAGUAGCUGAUAAAAUGGAUCAUCUAGCUGCCAAGGUGGAGGAGUUCCAGAAACAAAACACUGGCAACAAUUUGCUGCUGCCCAGCAUUUCCUCAGUUACUAUGGAAACUUCCAUGAUCAUGAGCAAUAUCCAGCGCAUCAUUCAGGAAAAUGAGAGGUUGAAGCAGGAGAUAUUUGAGAAGAGCAGCCGGAUUGAGGAGCAGAACGAGAAGAUCAGUGAACUGAUUGAACGGAAUCAGAGGUGUGUUGAACAGAGCAACCUGCUGAUGGAAAAAAGAAACAGCUCACUGCAAACAACAAAUGAGAACACACAGGCAAGAGUGUUGCAUGCAGAACAGGAGAAGGCCAAAAUUGCAGAGGAGUUGGCUGCUGCCACAGCACAGGUCUCCCGUCUUCAGUUGGAACUGACAGCUCACCAAAAGAAGGAAAUGGAUCUGCGCAGCCAGCUGACCUCAGCCCUGCAGGAAGCAGAGAGACAUGAGGUGCAGCUCAACAAACUGCAAGCACAGCUAGCUGAACUCCAAGAAAUUUCUGAAGACACUCAAACUAAAUUCAAGGUGGAGAGGCAGAGCCGUAGGCAGCUGGAGAUGAAAGUUACAGUGCUGGAGGAAGAGCUAGCAGACCUGAAAGUAGAAAAGGAGAAUUUGGAAAAGAACCUUGCAGAGAGGAAAAAGAAAUCCCUUCUGGAGAGAGGCCAAGCAGAGGAAGAGAUGGAUGAGAUCCGUAAAUCCUACCAGGAAGAACUGGACAAGCUUCGGCAGCUCCUGAAAAAGGCUCGGACAUCAACUGACCAAGCAGCAGCAGAGCAGUUGUCACUUGUCCAGACGGAGCUGGAGUCCCAGUGGGAAGCCAAGUGUGAGCGCAUGCUGGCCUCUGCCAAGGAGCAGCACUUACGACAAUAUCAAGAGGUGUGUGAACAGAGAGACUCUCAACAGCAGAAGGUCAUCCAGCUGGAAGAAAAGCUCCUUACUCUAAAACACUCAAGAGAAUCUGAGGAGCAGAAACUCUCUGAAUUCCAGGAGCAAUUGGAACAAUUGGGGCCUGUCAGUGAGAAGUAUGCAGCCCUGCAGGCCCAUGUUGCUACCCUGAAGGCUCAAUAUGAAGAGCGCAUCCAGAAGCUUGAGAGAGGUCAAGACAGGCCUCAGCCUGCAGACUUCAUAGAAGAAGUAAAGAAGAUCAUGAAUGGGGUAUUUCAGUCUCUGCGAGGUGAAUUUGAGCUGGAGGAGUCCUACAGUGGUAGAAUUGUUUUGGGUGUUGUCAUGAACACCAUUAAGACUGUAACUCUCCAGCUGCUCAACAGACAACAAGAGAGGCGAGAAAGCAACAGUGAAGAGGAGGAACCGAGAACAGAAGAGAGGAAGCUGGAAAGUCCACUAAAAGCAAAAGAAGACCAGGAAGGCCCUGUCCGGCAUGAUCUAGCACAGAGCAGAAUAGGCAUAACUGAGGUGAGGGAAGCAGCAGUGCACAGUGUGAUGUCUGACCACCCACAUGAAUCAGCUGGUCUUGCUGCCUCUCCCAGAUCUCCCAAAGGAGGGCACAGGACCCAGAGUGGUGCAGCAUCAGAAGAGAAGAUCCUAGAGGCACAUAAAGAGCAAACCUCCUCUAGAUCAGUUCAGGCACCUAAUCCUAACCAAGUGCUGCCAGUUCCCAGACAGCCUGCAAAUGGGGAUACUGUGAACUCUGUAUCAGAUGAGCAAAGGCAGGCAGGUGCUCCCACUGGGGUAACCCCCCAAGGCAGUCCCACAAGAGGAGCAUCUGCUCAGGUAGAAAUUCCAGAUCUCCCUGUUAUAGAAACUAAGCCAAAAACAGUGGAAAUGGCUAAGUGUUUGAAAAUACCAAGUACAGAGCAUAGUGGAGAGGAGCCUAUAAGCAUGCGGGAGCCCUCUCCUCUAAAAAGUGAAGAGGAAGGGAGUUGUCUCAGAACUCCAAAUGAAGCCAGCUCUGAAAAGGAUUCCAGUGUUUCUGACUUAAUGCCCAAUACAGCAGAGAAGGGUCCAGCCAAGACUGACCAGGAAACUACAGAAUCUCAAGAGCAGGGAUCUAGCCCCAAGCAAAAGGAUUCCAGCUUCUUUGAGGACAACAAUGACUUGUUUAAAGCUGCAACCAAUAAAUCAGUAAAGCCUGGAGCUCCACCUGAAGAGGAAGAUGAGGAAGAAGUGAGCUUGAAAGGGCGCCCUCCCCCAACCCCACUCUUUGGGGAUGAUGAUGACGACGAUGAUGACCUGGACUGGUUAGGUUGAAAAGCUGGAAGAUUUGGGAGUAGUCUGUGAACCUCCUUUUGGCAUAUGGCCUCUUCUUGAGCUUGUUGCACUUACCAACUGCGUAUGCUUGAGAUGGGGAAUAGAUCAGAUAAACUCUGUGUUGCAGACAGGAUAAGCAAAUGACUGUAUUAGCACUGCUGGUCAUGUGGACCUGAUCUCUGGCCUGAUGAGCUCAUCCAUAGGCCAAGGCUAACUGAAAGAGCCAACCAGUCUUACUGCAUGUUCAUAUUGCUGUCCUAUUGGUGUGAACCAUUGAUCUGUUUGUUGUAACCUUUUUAUACACAAGUAUGAACUUUUGUAAACAGGUUCAAAGAAGAAAGUCUGCAGAUAGUGUUAAGAAUAGGACAGAAAAGUCUCUGCUUCUCUCCCCAAAUUGAUAUUAAACCUACAAAUAUUCCAAAGAGAUCUAUGGGCUGUCAGCCUAAAUCCUUGAUCACAGGCACUUUCCACUGGGUCUUCACGAACAUGCUCACCAAACAGUUAGAUGCCAAUUCAAAACACAUGAAAUAAAAUAUACUGAUUCUGUAACCUGACUGCAAGCUACAGCUACCAUGCAUAUGCCUUUCUGAAAACAGCAAGGAGUCAGAGGAAUGCAAGCUUUAACUCUUGAACAUUCAGAACGGUAGAACACAAACAGGUGCUACUGAGCACAGGCUGUGUGCUGUUACAGCUCCAUUUAGCUUUAAAAGGCUGUGGUCUGAGUACUCUAAAGUAGUGCUCUAGAACAUGGAUGUAACUUCUAGUAAAUGUUUUAUCAAAGGCUCCUCUGAUGUGCUUACCUUUUUAAGUUGAAUCCUCUGCAGCUCCCCUACUAAAAUAAGUGACAAGUGAAAGAUUAUGGUAUGUCUCUGUGUGGCCAGAGUGGUAUGAACUGAGUAAUCCCCAGUUCCCCACAUAGUGGGGCAGCAUGCUGGCUAACAGAAGGCAAAGCCUGAGAUGGAGAUCAUCUUUCUAUGGGUAUCAUCCCAUUAGGCUUGGGCAGCAUCCUUAAUCUAUUCCCAUCCCCAAGCAAAAGACCUGGCAGAAGAAAAGCCUUCUGUUUACCAAAACCAGGCCUCUGUUUUCCCAGUUCUGUGAAGUAUUAACUUAAUUUUGUGGCCAGUGUUGACUGUUAACCUCUUGCAUGUUGUGGUUUGCUAGUGGUGUGGCUGGAUCUGUUGAGGCACACUUUUGCCACAAUUACCCCUUUUAUCCUCAUUGCAAAAUGGCACUAGGAAGCCCUUGAGCCACACAGCCCCUUGCUGUUGGCCCCUCCUCACAACCUCACCAAAGGUAACUGUCACCACUCUGAACAGAGGAGUGUUAGCAAGAUUUCUCUGUUCACAUGUGUGGGUCCUGCCUAUGAUGCUGGUGAACCCAAGGAGUCUGUUCUUUUGCUGGAUUGCACUGGGAAUUCAGCAGCAGCAGUAAAGCCACCAUAAUGUUAAUGGACUCCCUGUCUAGACAGGAGGAGGGAGUUUCCUGCGGGCAGUCAGUUGCCAGUCUCCUGUGCCUUUUUCUCUGCUGCUACAGGUGGCAGGAUUGUAGCAUAAAUUAAGUGUUUAUUGGUUAGGAUAUAUUGGUGUGUAAUUUAACCUGGUUCACUCCAGAUAGCUUGGGUUAUUGGAGCAGACUUUUUAAAUCUAAUUGAAACACAAAGAAUGAAAAAUGACUCGUCUUUUUACUCAGCUGGGAAAUUUUCAAUCUUGUUCUGUUUCUACAUGCUUUCACUUCCAGGUUCUUCUGCACUAACCCCCUCCUUUAGUAUUUUGAGUUCCAAAUACGGUAGGGGAGAGGACAAAUGCUUAUAAAAACACGUUUUCUCUUAAAUUUUACAAAUGGAAUAGAAACUUUUUUUACACUGGUAUUAGGUUCUGUGAUCACUUGAUAUUUUUUCCCACAACUUCUUUGAGUCAGUUUGACCUGGAAGCAUCCCAAGAAACACACUUUUUGUAAAAUGCAGGUAAUCUGUGUAGUUCAAAAUGUGAUUGAUAGCAAUGUGAUAAAUUCUCAUUGCUCUAUUGAAAGAAAUGUGACUAGUAGCCAAACUUUUCUGAAAUUGUAGGACUGGCUGGUUUACAAACUUUAAUGUACUAAAGUAUAAAUGUUUAGCACAUAACUCAAGGUUAAUGCCUUGCUCUCAGCAAGAAAGUCCAAUGUUGAUGUACAGAAGAAAUAUUUAGAGCCAGAUCAUAAUUUAGGGCUUUCCUUGUAUGGCCAUCACUGUGAUGGCCUAAAUGCAUCUAAGUGUGGUCUUAGUCAGGUGUCUGUAGAAAUGCUCCCACUGUGGAAGCAGUACUAACUAACACAUGCCAUGUCUUUGAUAAACCCUGAAGAUUUGCAUUGCAUUUCUUGGAAAAAUAAAGUGCAAUUAAACAAUUAUGUUUCCCAAUCUCAGUGGCUCCACUUUGACUUGUUGCUGAUGUAUGUAGAUGCUGGUAAAUAUAAUUGCUUAGUCAUGAAUCAAACCAACUUCACUCAUUCUUUUUAUAUAUAUCUUCUUGGAGAAAUGGGCUCCUUUUCAGGAAGCUGCUACAAAACUGGAACCUACCCAGUUGUAUCCAGAGUAGAGAAGCGACACAAUUGCUGUAAUAGUUUAUGGAAACUCUGCUGAGCUUAACAGUACUGUUUCUUGUCUUAACAGGCUGAGUUCUAGAAGUUAAGGCAUGUGACACCUUCCUGCCUCCAGCUCCCCAGCCCCAUUCACAGAAUACAAGAAGAGCUGGUGCUAUAACUAUUCCCUAGUCACCCUUUGCUCAUUCCCAGUUAGACCAGAAUGUAAAUUAAUAUCAUCAUGGAAAAUCCACUGAGCCCUCCACUCCUGCUAUAUCCACAUUGGGUUAGUGAAUUUAGUCAAUGGAAAGGGUUUUUAAAAGACAAGCCGUUUUAAAAA